UGGUUUCAGCGAUAAUAAUUUACGCAUGCGCAACUGUUUUGAUGUAAUAAAAACGAAGCAUUAUAUGCACAUAUAUAUAAAUAGUCACAUGGUGACAGAGCGAGUACCAAACCAUCAAAUUUCGUAAUAGUAACCUGCAGAGAGAAUAUUUACGUAUCUGAAUCAUGAAGAUCAAGAAGAUACCGAAGUACAUAGAAGUUGAUGGUUAUAGAUAUUGUCAAUGCUUCGUGCCCGAUAUUAUAAGAGCCGCAAUUGAUUAUAAACCCACUGAAAAAGAUGUUUUUGUUGCAACAUAUCCAAAAUGUGGAACAACAUGGAUGAUUCAAACAGUAAUGCUAAUUCUCAACAAAGGUCAAGUUCCUGACACAAUUGAGAAAUAUUUUGCAUCUUGUCCUUUUCUCGAAAUGCUUGGCCCAGAGGAGAUUAAGAACAUGCCAGGGCCAGGAUGCAUCAAAAUUCACUUUCCUUUUGACUUAACACCAUACUCACCAGAUGCUAAAUAUGUCUAUGUUGCAAGAAACCCAAAAGAUUGCUGCAUUUCUUUCUAUCAUCACACCAGGCUCUUCCCUGCUUACAAGUUUAGUGACGGCACAUUUAAUGAUUUCUUUGAUCUGUUCAUAGAAGGCAAAACAGACUUCAAUGAUUAUUUUGAUAAUUUACUUUCAUGGUACGAACAUCAAAAUGACAGAAACGUAUUUUUUGUAACAUUUGAAGAAAUGAAAAAAGACCCAAAGUCCAUCAUUAAAAAACUGGCAGAGUUUCUCGGAGAAGAAUAUUCUUCUGCUCUGGCAGAUAAUGAAGAACUGUUGGAAGAAAUUGUCCACAAAAGCAGUUUUGAAUACAUGAAGAAGACAACAAACAAUCUUUUCACACAGAUGCUUGAACAUUGUGAAGAAUAUGCAGACAAUCCUAAGGCUCCACGUGGAUUCCGAGCAUGGGCAAAAUAUAACGCCCUUGCCAUAAAAGAUGGACAUGGUUUUGACGGAAGUUUUGUAAGAAGUGGUGGAGUAGGAAACUGGAAACUAGAGCUUUCACCAGAACAAGAAGAAAGAUUAAACAAAAGAAUCCUGGAAAAAACACGAGGUUCAGAUGUUAUGCAGUUAUGGAGUGACUUGAAAUAAACUUUUUUUUAUAUAAAAUGAAAGAAUUCACUAAACAAAGACUUCAAUUCAAUCUUCAAAAACAAUUAAAUGUAUAGUUCAGUUCUAACAGAGUUUAUAAAAGUAUUGCUAAAAAAA